UUGCAGUAAAUGCCAGCACAUUUAAAAGUUAAUCCAAUUUAGCAAUUUUCCCGACAGCAAAGUUGGUGUUUCCUUUUAAUUUUCGUGAAAUUUUAAUUGAAACAAAAUAAAAAGUCAAUAGCUAAACUAUUCUUUCCUACCUUAUGUCAGGAACGUAAUUUUACAUAUUAAAGUUAGGACGCUUAUAUUUCCCGGCAAGUUAUUUCGCAAGGAAAUAAACAUAGAAUGGAUUCUAAAUUGUUAUCGUUAUUUUCGGUACAAGGUAGAUGUAUUGAUUUUAAAUCCUAUCAAAAUGAAUUUGAAACUAUGCGUCUACUUUUCGAUCUUAUGCCGGAGAAACCCAAGGAAUUUGUACGUAUCUUAUCACUCCAAUGGUUGCAGACCAUGGAACUAAAUGAAAACGAGGAGUUUGCUUUAAAAGACAACGAUGAAAAAAUACAAGAAUCAAAAGAUUUACGGCAACAAGGUAAUCGUCUCUUCACUGCCAAAGGGGAGCAACGUAAUGUUUUGGGUGCUUGUCGUCUAUAUAAUGAUGCCAUCUAUGCGGCGUUGGAUACAAAAAGUGAUGAAUUAGCGUUGGGAUUUGCUAAUCGUGCUACGGCUUUACAAACUUUCGGAUAUUAUCAGCAAGCUUACGAUGAUUGUGUCUGUGCCGUUAAGUUGGGUUAUCCGGAGGCGCUGCGUCAUAAAAUCAUAAUACGUCAAACUUAUUGUAGUUUAAAAUUAAAAGAUUUGUUAACUGCUGAAAAGCAUUUAAAAGAGUUGAGCUCUUUAACUCUGAAGGAAGGUUUCCAGAGGGAACGUCGAGAUUUGGAGAAAGCCUUUGAUGAACUUAAACAGGAAGUGUUGGAUAAAGAGGAUAAUUUAAAGGAGGAAAAAGAGGUGCAGCUUAAUAGAGAAACUCAGGAAGUAAUCACCACAACAAAAGGACGUCACAUGCAAGCGAAAUGUCUCAUCGAAAAGAAUCAACUAAUAUUCACCGAAAGAGCCUCUGCUUUCGUGGCCAUUGGAGACACGCGUCGUUUAUGUCACCAAUGCGGUACGGUUAACUUUAUACCAAUUCCUUGUUUAAACUGCCGUGGUCGAGUAAAUUACUGUUCACUAAAGUGCCAAGAACAACAUAGUGUCAUACACAAAUACGAAUGUCCUGCCUAUCGAUUUCAACUAUUUGCUCAUCUUGGUAUUGCUCAUUUAGCUUUAAGAAUCGUGCUCGAUAAUGGUCUCUUCUCCAUAUUGGAUGAAUUAAAAUUGCAGGAUAAAAGCUCAACUUUAGAAGUAUGGUCGGCUCUAACCGAAGGUGGUGAUAUAUGGGCCAAUAAUAAUAUACCAUAUGCAGAGUCAUUACGCAUGAUAACACAUUUGAAUAAGGGAACAAAAAUGGAUAUAGAAUGGUUCGCCUUAGCGUCGCAUCAUUUAGUGGUCUAUCUCAAGCAAUAUACUAAAUACUUUGAUGAGUUGAGUGCCCGAAAUAAACUAAUUGAUUGGGAGUUAUUAACAGGUUCUUUGAUAUUACUACAUAUCGGCCAGUCCAUAUCGAAUGGUCACACUCUUACCACUAUUAUACCAAGGCCCUUAACUCUAUUGACUACAACCGAUUAUCAUUUGUUAAAUGAAAAUGUCUGGUCACGACCUUGGCAUUUAAAAUUAGGUUUUAUGCAUCUCUUUAGCUACUACGAUGAUGUGGCCUGUUUAAAUCUACCCUAUUUAAGUUUGUGCAAUCAUUCGUGUGUACAAUCGUUUCAACCAAAAGUUUCCGGUCGUUAUAUUAGUACAUUUGCGUUGCGUGAUAUACAUCGGGGAGAAGAGAUAACCAACUGUUAUGAUGUAGACUAUCGUAAAGGUAAACGAGAGGCUAGACGUGAAAGACUGCUACAAACAUAUCAUUUUGAAUGUCAGUGUGAAAAUUGCCUACAAACAGAUAAUGAAGAUGAAGAGUUUAAUAAAUUCCAUCAAUAUCGCUGCGAUAAUAGCAAGUGCAGACAAAUAUUUGUACCCUUUAUACCAGAGAAACCCACUCUUAAUUGGUGGCAAAGUGAUACACCCAAUGGUAAUAUUAAUACAAAUCUCUAUUGUACUGUCUGUGGUAGUAAACAAAACCUAAGGUGGUAUCAUGAAAUUAAGAAUUUGAUGGGGUCAGUAACAGAAUCUGCAACACGUCGCCGUCUAUAUCAGAUAUUUAAAGAAUUGGAACAACAUCUUCCCGGUCUCAAUGAUGCCAGAUGUUAUGUCGCCACUAAACUGGUGCACGAAUGGUUUCAAUUACCCUGUCUUAAUGUAACCCUUAAUGAUCAGGACUAUUGUGAUUUAAUUGAAAUGCUUAAAUAUGUUCUAAAAGUUACUAGAACUGAAAGUUCUAUCAAUUCUAUAGAAUAUAUUGUUAAUAUGACACAUGUGUGGGAUUUAAUUGCUAAACAUAAGUAUAAAUGUUCUAAAGCUGACAUGAAUGAAAUGCUAUGGGCUCUCAAUAUAAUUGCUGAUGAUUUAAAAGUGAUAUUUCUAAAUUAUUAUAAUGAUUACAUUAAAGAAUAUUUAGAUAUGUAAAUUGUUUGUUUGUAUGUUUUUUUUUAAUUGUUUUUGUGAGAAAAAAUCUUGUUAAUUUUAAUACUAAAGAUACAAAAAUAAAUA